CAUGUUUCCUUUCCCACUCGGUGUGAUUCCAUAUUCCACACGAAAAGAAACCCGCAUCUCGAGACAGUUGGCUGUUUCUUCCCAUCCCACUUUCUCCGGCUCCCGCAUUCCGCCCACAACGGUAGACCACUAAUCCCUUUUUGUGCUUACACCAUAAGAACUCGCACAGAGAGGCGUGGAAGAGAGAGUGAAGGAAAGUGAAGAAUAGCAUUCUUUCAAUUAGCUGUUCUUGUUCAUCCCUGAAGAGUAGUCAUUUGGCUCGAACCGCCGACUCCUUCCCGGGGUAUUGUGUCUGUGCUUUGUAAGACCUGCUGGUAGAUUUUUUGAAGGAUUUGCUUUUAUAUACGUCGGAGGAUCUUUCAAUCGAGGGAGGAUGGAUGCAGCAGCUACAGCUUCUGUGGUUGUUCAAUCGUCCGGUCUCGGGUACUCGACGCAGUCGGCUUACGUCAGUAGAUUAGGGUUUAUCUCCGCAAGUGGACCUGAUUUUGUGCGGGUUUCUUCUGCAUCCUGCAGGCAAAUCGCCUCUGGAUUAGGCUUGAAGUCCGGUCAGAGAAGAGUAUCCUUGAGAAGUAGAAGGUGUCCCAUUGUUAGCGCGUCAACAUCAUCAUCUCCUGAGCCGUAUUCCUAUGGGUCAAUUUCAUCAAUUGCUCCCCUGCAAUUGGAGUCACCAGUGGGGCAGUUUCUAUCCCAGAUCCUGUUCAGUCAUCCCCAUCUUGUGGCUGCAGCAGUUGAGCAGCAACUUGAGCAGCUUCAGACUGACCGUGACUCGGAGAAGCAGAACGAUGAGCCUUCUGCUGCAGGGACAGACUUGGUGCUCUACAGGAGAAUUGCGGAAGUUAAGGCCAGCGAAAGGAGGAAGACACUGGAAGAAAUCUUGUAUGCAUUGAUCGUGCAUAAAUUCAUGGAUGCCAAUGUCUCCUUGGUGCCAACUCUGUCCCCGCCUUCUUCAGGCCUAUCUGGGCAGGUCGAUAUGUGGCCCACCGAAGAGGAGAAGAAGCUCCAGCAGCUUCACUCUGACGAGGCCUACGAGAUGAUCCAGAAUCACCUCUCCCUCAUACUCGGGAAUCGGUUGUGGGACUCCACAUCUGUUGCCGAGAUCAGCAAGCUUCGCGUUGGGCAGGUGUAUGCAGCUUCUGUGAUGUACGGCUACUUCCUGAAGCGUGUUGACCAAAGAUUUCAGCUUGAGAAGACGAUGAAGGUUCUCCCGAAUGGGAAGAACUUCCACCAGCAAGAUGCUGUGCAGCAUGAUGUGAAGACCAGUGGCACUGAUGGUUCGUAUGAAGCUGUUGGGUCCCACCCAGAAGCAGCACCAUCUGGUUGGGCUGGUGGGUAUCCGUCUGGCAUGAAGCCUUCCCGGCUGAGGAGCUACGUUAUGGGCUUUGAUGGUGAGACCCUUCAGAGGUACGCAACGAUCAGGUCGAAAGAGGCUGUCACUAUCAUCGAGAAGCACACUGAGGCCCUGUUUGGAAGGUCCGAAAUCGCGAUAACUCCUGAAGGCACCAUCGAUACAUCCAAAGACGAAGUCAUGAAGAUUAGCUUUGCUGGGUUGAAGAGGCUUGUGCUGGAGGCAGUGACUUUCGGUUCUUUCCUGUGGGAUGCUGAAGGGUAUGUAGAUUCCAGGUACCGUUUCGUUGUGAAUUAAGUAGUAGUAUGGUGGGAAGGAAGAACCUUCGAAGUGGAAGGCUUGGCUGACCAUAUUGUGAACGUGCUACGACAGACGAAUGUAAAUCUGGUAGUAUGUAUCGGUUGGCCGUGGGAGCUUGAUUAGUUAUAUUGUGUACAUACUUGUGAAACUUCUUCUGUUCUUUCUAGCCGUUCAGUUGUUUUUUAUUUUUUUAGUCUCAGGUAGGUUUAUCACUUAAACACAAUCGGUUGUAAUUCUUGGUACUUUUGGGGGUUAAUUGCACCCGAUGUCACUUAAGUAGGAUUAUUGUUGCUAGGUUUAUCACUUAAACACAAUUAGUUGCAACAAAAAGCUUUACGUCGUUCUCCGGUAGCAACAUUACCAGUUCCGUCCACAGAAUUAACCGCAAAUACCGUGGAGAUAAUUUUCCUGACAUGCAAGCAUGACAGGUGCCAAAAUUUCUCCCAAAAAAGCACACCCUUCUCUCAUUUCAUUUAUGCCUGCUUCCUCCUUCCUCCAAGUCGGUCGACAAUGGCAACUCUAGAUCC